AUGCGAUUUUUUGUUAAUAAAAUUUUGGGUGGGACAGUGUUACACAAUUCCGUAUAUAAACCAUCAGUAUCUAUCUCAUCAUCACACUCAGGACUGAUCCGCAAAAUCACCAACAUGAAAGUAAUCGCCGUUUUCGCCGCCGUUUUGGCCGUAGCUUUGGCUGCCCCACAAAGGAACCCAGACGCCGAGGCUCAAGUUCUCAGGAACGACUUGGACAACAUCGGUGUUGAUGGAUACAACUUUGCCUAUGAAACCAGCAACGGAAUCGCCGCCCAAGAACAAGGACAAUUGAUCAACCCUGGACACGAAAACGAAUCCAUCGCUGUACGUGGAUCCUUCCAAUACGUAGGUCCUGACGGUGUAACUUACCAAGUCACCUACAUUGCUGACGACAACGGUUUCCAACCACAAGGCGCCCACUUGCCAGUUGCCCCACAAUAAAUUUAUUUUUAAUUUAUUUAUAUAAAAAAAUAAAAAACGCAAAAAAAUAUU